AUGCACAGUGAUCAUCCUGUAGAAAAAAUGAAUGCGGAGUCAGUGAUCGCUGCGCAAUGGACUCUGAUGUCUGUUGCUAUAUUGCUCGUUAUUACGCGUCUGUCGGUACGAUUUCGUUUGAAGCAGAGGAACCUCAUAUUGUCCGAUCUAUUUCUCGUCAUUGCCUGUUGCGCAGCUGUGGGCCUGCUGACUGCAGACAUCAUUAUUUGGAAGCAAGGCACUUGGCUCAACAUCGUGGACCCUGGAGUUACGACGCUAAAGGCCCGCUUCGCAAUCUGCUUCCUUUUUGAUACGGGGAUCUACUUUCCCAAGUUUAGUAUCAUCGCAUUAUACUACACCCUCGUCCCUUGUACUCAACCAUGGUUGCGAAUAGCGCUCCAUGGCCUUACGGCAAUCACGACUUCAUGCUGCCUCGUCACCAUCUUCUAUACGGUGUUUUACUGUGGACUGGAUAUAGCCGCAAACUGUCAACUAGACUUUAUCUUCCCAUUUUCCAUUGUUCGUGAUCUAAGGCUCCCAAAUCUCCGCGAGAAAAUCGGCCUAUAUAUCAUUCUUGGGCUAGGUUUGAUCACGAUUCUUGUUACGAUAGCCCGAUACAUCAAUGGAGUAUUCGGUUUCAGCUCAUACGGAGCG